AUGCUAAACAUGGUCUGCAUUGCCAUGCUCCUGGCGAGCCAGGCAAUGACUGUGUCGGCUGCGCCAAUUGCCGGAGACGGCAUUGCACCGCGCGCCUAUGGUGCUGACGCUGGUAUGCCCCCUGCACAAGACCACGUCGUCCCAGGCAUGCAACGUUUCAACCGCCGCAAGAUGCAGGCUGAACCCACUUGGGAGCCGUACACGGUGCUGAUUCCCAUGACGAACUCGAACGGCCAAACGUCGCACGAGGCCAGGACCAAAUACCGCACUAAGACCAAGACCAAGACCAAGCUGGCUACAAAGACGAACACCUACGUUACCACAUACACCCAGAUGCCCACCCCCAAAACGGAGACCCUUGCAGCCACGAUCACGUACGAUGCCGUCGAUCAGCCAGUGACGUACACUGGCAACCAUGGAUCGAUGCCCAAGUUGGGCGGCAUCACUGGCGUCGGCAGCAAUGCGAACAGCAACGCAAACGCCAACUCUGGUGCAGGUGCGGACAGCAGCGCCAACUCGAAUGCGAGCAGCGGUGCUAACGCCGGCUCGACCGAUGAUGGCGACUCGUUGUCGGACCCAACUUCUACUACAGGCUCUAACGCUGGCGCCAAUGCUGGCUCUGCGUCCAACUCGGACGCUGGCUCUGGCUCUAAUUCUGGCUCUGGCGCCAACUCAAACUCGAACUCGAGCGCCGACUCUGACGCAAACUCGAGCGGUUCGUUCCCUGGCCUGACGGGCUCUAACUCUGGCUCGGGUGGCAGCUCCAGCUCCACGAACCACAAGUCCACUGGCCAUAAGUCUAGCUCUGGUUCCGGCUCUGGCUCUGGCUCUGGCUCUGGCUCUGGCUCUGGCUCUGGCUCUGGCUCUGGCUCUGGCUCUGGCUCUGGCUCUGGCUCUGGCUCUGGCUCUGGCUCUGGUUCCGGCUCUGGCUCUGGCUCUGACGCAAACUCAAGCGAUUCAUUCCCUGGUCUGACAGGCUCUAACUCUGGCUCUGGUUCUGGUUCUGGCUCUGGUUCUGGUUCUGGCUCUGGUUCUGGCUCUGGCUCUGGCUCUGGUUCUGGUUCCGGCUCUGGUUCUGGUUCUGGCUCUGGCUCUGGCUCUGGCUCUGGCUCUGGCUCCGGCUCCGGCUCCGGCUCCGGCUCAGGCUCAGGCUCAGGCUCUGGCUCUGGUUCCGGCUCAGGCUCUGGUUCUGGCUCCGGUUCGGGCGCAAACAUUGGCUCGGAUGGGGACAAUGAUGACGGACUGGAGCUUUGUGAUGGCGACAGCGACAGUCUUCUGCCCCCGCUUUUGCAACCGUUCCCUUCUGGUAACAAGGUUAGUGAAGCAAUACUCAACUCUAACGGCAACUCGUCCAAGAGUCAUCGCUCAGACAAGCCCUCUAGCUCUGCUAGCGUCAACGAGGAACUCGACGACUGCGAAGAAGAGUAA